CCGUGAGGGGGAUGCUGGAGAACCCGACAGAAGCCGUCAGUGAGCUGUCGUACUUCGACUGCAUCGACAGUGUCAUGGAGAACUCUAAGGUCCUCGGUGAGUCCAUGGCUGGGAUUUCCCACAAUGCCAAGAAUUCCAAUUUGCCAGAGUUUGGUGAUUCGGUCAGCGCUGGCUCCAAAGCUUUGUGUGGUCUGACUGAAGCAGCUGCACAGGCAGCGUAUCUGGUGGGAGUGUCUGACCCCAACAGCUCCGCGGGUCAGAAGGGUCUGGUGGACCCCUCUCAGUUUGCCCGGGCCAAUCAGUCCAUUCAGAUGGCGUGUCAGAACCUGGUGGACCCCGCCUGCACGCAGUCUCAGGUUCUCUCUGCCGCCACCAUUGUGGCCAAACACACCUCGGCUCUGUGUAACGCCUGCCGCCUGGCGUCCUCUAAAACUCCCAACCCUGUCGCCAAGAGGCAGUUUGUGCAGUCGGCCAAAGAAGUGGCCAACACCACGGCCAACCUGGUCAAGUCCAUCAAGGCUUUAGACGGAGCCUUUAACCACGAGAACAGAGAGAAGUGUAAAGCUGCCACUGGUCCUCUGAUCGAAGCUGUCGACAACCUCACGGCCUUCGCCUCCAACCCAGAGUUCGCCAGCAUCCCGGCUCAGAUCAGCUCCGAGGGUCACGCAGCCAUGGAGCCCAUCGUGGUCGCAGCGAAGACGAUGCUGGAGAGCUCGACCGGCCUCAUCCAGACCGCCCGCUCUCUGGCUGUCAACCCCAAAGACCCCCCCAAGUGGUCAGUGCUGGCAGGACACUCCAGGACUGUGUCGGACUCCAUCAAGAAACUCAUCACCAACAUGAGGUCAGAAACGGAUUCAGACUCUGAUACCAGAGGCCGAGCUGCUGCAGUCGCUUAG